CUAGUAUCUUCUCGAAUGUUCCAAUCUAUGACGUAAACUUCUAGAAGAUUCACAUUGUUUGUAAACAUUAUGAAUAAGUCAACGAUUGAAACUUAUAAUAUGUAUUAUCCUGAACGAGAAGGUCCUGGAUCAUUCUUGAAAUACACGAAAGAGUUAAAACAUAUCGUAAGAAACUGGUUUAACCACAUUUCAGUCUGCAGUUUUCAUCUUUUUUGGUUUUUGAAAUGACGGAUAUCAAUACAUUUGAAACAACCCAGAGACUUGCGUCAUUCCACAACUGGCCACAUUCUCCAUAUUCACCUGUCAUAAUUGUUAGAACGGGAUUCUCAUACACCGGCAAUGGAUUCGUAGUAGAAUGCAAGUUUUGCAAGGUAAAAGUAGACAUGAGUCGGGUGGACAAUGUUAUUUCACUCGCUGAUGAGCAUGACAAUAGUUGUAGAAGAAAAGCAAAUCCGAAAGAUAACGUUGAAAUUCCAGUAACGUUACACAAUACAACUGUUCAGGCAGAAGAGGGGACCAACAAUCAGAAUAAUCAUUCGUCAGUUUCAUCUUUUAAUGAUGAUGCCAAUUUUGAUAGUAGAAACACAACUGAACAUAGAGCGAAUGAAAGAUCAGAACAUAAUAGCGUUGAAACUUCAUCAGUAGGUACAACAAGCAUUGCACAAUCAUGCAUGUUAUCCCAACCUACGAAUGCAAUACCAGAACCAGGAAAACCUCAAACAAUCGUGCAAUCAAAUAAACGUAUUUGUAGUGAUUUAUCUAUAUAUUCUAAUUAUCAGUCAAUCAAAUCGGCUCCAUGUUGUUAUUGUCCCUGCAGGCUCUGCAGAUACAACAACACUAUUCCUAUAUUUUGCAGUAAAAAUAAAACUUGUAUGUAUGGAUUCUCGAAAAUGAAUGUUGGAACUCUGAUGCUACGUCUACGAGAAAGAGUGUCGAGUGGCCCACUUCAUCCAGACUUUAAAACAUUAGAAGCAAGGAAAAGAAAUCUUAAUGGAAUUAUUGACCCAUAUUCAAGCGUAGCAGAAGCAGGUUUCUUUGCUGAUAGUUCCUGUGGAAAAGAAAGAAUAUGUUGCUUUUACUGUGAUGGCAAUCUAAGAAACCAACUGUUGAGUUAUAAUCCAUUUAGAGAACACUCACGCUGGUUUCCUGUAUGUCCAUUCAUCUUACAACAGAAAGGAGAAAAAUAUAUUCACACCGUGUCACAGGAUACGAAUAUUCUCAAGACUUUCCUGAAAAAUAAAAUGAGAACGUCUUGCAUGGACACAAACGUUGUGGUAGAAGCUAUGCAGGUAUAUCCACAGUAUGCAAUAGGCAAAAUUGUAGAGGAAUACUUUAUAGACAAUGGUUACUUUCCGUGUCGUGAAGAUCUCUUUGAAUCUCUUGAAAAUUUACAACUAUGGAAGACUUCUGAAACAUAUGAUUACUGCCGAGUCGAAAACAGAAGAUGAUGUUGAAGUACAAUGCUAUAUGUGCCUAUCUUUCCAAAAUAUCCAGAACUAAUUAAAAAUGAUUAACACUCAUGAAAAGAAGACAUGGAUACUAUUUGCCAACGUUUGAAUUUUAGUUUUUUCUUAGAGGGAAUAAUACAUAUGCAGUUGCGUUGAAUCGAAAAGGGGACGUUUAAUCUGAGAGCGCCAUGCUCUAUGUACUUUCAAGAACAACACUUUGCUACAUCUCUUUGAGAGAUCAAUAGAAACCGUGUAUAUUGUAUGCCCAUAUUGAAUAUAUUCUAAUUUACAUUGGCCAUGCAAAUAUCAAUUCCUUAACGUUGAUCAACAAGUGAGAACCUAUCUAGUGCUUUAAUUGUUAAUUGUUUCUCGUCUUGAAUAGGCAUUAAUUAUUUGCCAUUUGCCAUUCAAAGUUCGCAACAGUCGACAAAUAUUUGUGUAUAAUUAUAGCGAUCAAUAUCAAAGUUCAGUUUCCAAAAGAACCGAUCAAUUCAUAUACUAUUUUGCUUUAAAUUUUAAAAACAUUAUCUGAGCAAUGUGCAAUGUGCAUAGCAAAAAGUAAAAUUACAAAAAUGCUGAAGCAAUUGUACACAUUAGAAUUACAUGAAAAUCAAAAUAAUUUCUCAAUUUCAGUAUUAUC